AUGACCUCCGAUAAACAAAACCCCGGCCAUAUCGCCAAACCCUUUACCCCGGCUCUUAGCGCUGCCUUUCACCGAUCGAAUAAUAAAUCGCCGUUAACUCCUAGGCUCGCUACCCCGGGAGGUUACCGGACGCCCCGACGAGUCGCGCAAUCCGAACACCCUGCGUCAGCUAACACCACCCCCUCCAAGGACGAUUAUCGUUCUAGCGCCAGUUAUCUCAGCACGAAUGUGACUCCUCGAACAAAUUCUCGAACAUCUAGACGAGAUGGACCUGUAUCAUCGCCCACGAGUACCACGUCGGGGAUUCCAUCGGCACCGCAUACCCCUAACUCUCAGUCCAUGGUGACCCCUGGAUCGCAGAACGGAGCGCAUUAUCGGACAGAACGAAGUCCGGUUCGCGGUGGACCGAAGCUGGAAGCUCCGCGGACCAGCAGGGCUAGGACCCUGACCGCGGAAAGCCAUCACUCUGCGCGUCCGAUGUCCUCUCCUGAUAUGUCGUCAUCAGGAUCGCCGAUGUUCUUUCAUGCCUCCGAUGCCAGGUCGUCCAACACCCCCGAACCGGAGCCUCGACUCAAGCCGCCCGGGAAACCCUCCUCGCCAGCAUCAUUUGUCUAUGCCAACGGGAAAAAAGAUGAGCGUCGAUCAUCAGCAGAUGAAUCUCACCCCACAGCACCGACGAUCAAACGUCGCUCGACAGGGUUGUCCCGGUCUGUGGUUGGGGGGAAACCUCCCACCACUAAUUCCGCCUCUCCACGGUUGAAGACUGCAAAACUUGCAGCUGAACCUGCACCUCGACUAUCGGAUAGUGUGAUAUCCCAGUCGGGACCACCGCCCAUUAAUGAUUCCACUGAAUCUAGUUCACAGCGGCAGGCUUCGUUGCCAGCUAUCGUUCCUGAUCGACCACCACCCGUUCCCCUCUCCGUCGCACGCCAUAUCAAAUCGUCAAGCUUAGAUUCCGCAAGCAACAGUAAUUCACCCAGAGAGGCACUCCGACCAAGUCCCAUUAUCGUGUCUCCUACGGAUCCGCAAGUUGAUGACAGUGCCGCGGCAUCAGAGCCCAUUCCAGGUCUACGACCUCGAAUAUUUAGCAAUGGGUCUUCGGGCUCUGCAGACACGGCAAGUCCUGACAGAGAUGCGAAGGAACAGGUAAACACGAACGAUCCGGCUGCCAAUGCUCGCGUUGAGCGCAAGAUUAUGGACCUAGAGAUCAGCAACUCGUCCCUGCUUGCGAUUAAUCGUACCUUGGAGCGCGAAAUGCGGAAGCAGAACGCAGAAUUGCGGCGAUACAGGCGUCUUAGUCGCGCAGGCCGUAUCCCCGUUGGGUCAUCUAGUCGUUCAGUUUCUGGGGCAGCGCUUUCGACAACCACUGAAACAGAAGAGGAAGGAAUGAGCGAGAUAUCUUCGGUGCAGUCACAUACAGAGUCAUCUGAUCAAGAUGAUGAUGAAGAUUCCGCAGAUGAGAGAGUUAUGAGUCCCGGAUCAUUGGCGAAGCAUGAUGCCAAACAUCGGGCACGAGACGAGAAACGAGUGUUUAUUGAUCUCGCCAAGCAUCAAGAGUUAUUGACUGAUAGCCAGAAAAUGAAUCAAAGUCUCCGACGGUGUCUCGCAUGGACGGAAGAACUGAUCAAGGAUGGUCAGAAAGCUUUGGAAUACGACGUCCAUGUCAAUGAUAUCGAACUCGGUGGACGCGUGCUUGCCCCCGAAGAAUUGCAAGACAUUGGCGAAAGUGCCCGAGGAUUAUUAUCGGCCUCGAAUUUCAAAGAUGAUUAUUCGUCUGUUACUGAAUCUAGCGAUCCGGAUUCAGGCAACGAGACAGCUUGA